CCCAGUGCAACUGAUUUUUACACACAAUUUUACAGUUUUUAAAAGCUUGUCUUUUUAAUAUAAGAUAUACAUUUAUAAAUAUAUUCCCUUAAAAAAAACUUUAUGCUACUAAUUUUUAAAAUGUUAUAUCAUGUGUGAGUUUUUCCUGUUAAGUUGUUUGGAGGACAAAGAGUGUGUCUCUGUCUGUGUGUGUGCGCUCUUAUGUACCACCUUCACAGUUUUCAUACAGAAUACCAACACAAAUACUAAAUCACAAAACCCCAAACCUGUACAGCUUAAGGUUGUAGUAAUAAGCAUGUAAUCUACAAGACAGACUCUUGAAAAAUCAUUCCUAUCGCCUGGAUAUCAGCCGAAGAAUUCUUACUCUUUUUCCUCUUAGUGGUAGUCUAAUCUCACAAUUGAGAGUUUGCACUAUAGUGCCUUAAACUGCAAAAGCUUCUGGAAAACCCAAACAAAAAGGAACGUCACAGGAUGACGUCAGCCUACAUACAGUUGUGUGGUAGCAGCACAUAAGCAAAUGCAUUCUGUACCCUAGCCCUGAAAGCUUUUCAGCAAAUGCAUUCAAGCGACUACAGAAGCUUCUCUCAGUGAUAAGCUACCCAUCUGCCAUCAACAAGUUAAGAGUAAAAAAGCCAUAGCUGUGGAAAGCGUUUGCAAUUAAGCAGCUGUACAGCAUAAGAAAAGCUGCCAAUCAACUCAGCACUGAUUCGGGAAUUAACAGAUCUGCCACUGGAAAUCAAGGUCAUGAAUUCAAAAGAAUAUAUUGGAAAUGGGAUGUGAAGCCUUUUUAUUUACUUCAAAAUCAAAGAAGAGUAAAGAGAGUAAAUGAUUUAAAAGCUGUCAACGUUAGAGCUUUUUACAGACUCACUGUGUUGAGUCUAAAACUACGACUGAAUGCAACCUCCAACGUACUCAAAAGAAUGGUUAUCUGCUUUGAAUCCUGAAUUGUUGUAUGGCCUUCGUAAACUGCAAACCCUAAGUUUACGUACCAAUUCUCUGAGGACUAUUCCAGUCCGCCUGUUUUCAGACUGUCGUAGUUUGGAUUUUUUGGAUUUGAGCACAAAUCGCUUGCGAAGUUUGGCGCGCAAUGGAUUUGCAGGAUUAACCAAACUGAGGGAGCUUCACCUAGAGCACAACCAACUGACAAAGAUUAACUUUGCUCACUUCCUUCGGCUAAGCAAUCUGCACAUGCUCUUCUUACAGGGGAAUAAAAUUAGCAACCUGACCUGUGGGAUGGAAUGGACCUGGAGCACUUUAGAAAAGCUAGAUUUGUCUGGAAAUGAUAUCAAAGCCAUUGAUACGACAGUUUUUGAAAUAAUGCCUAAUCUUAAAAUUCUCCUAAUGGAUAACAACAAGCUAACCACUCUGGAGUCCAAGGUUUUAUAUUCACUUAAAACCCUAACGACUGUGGGUCUCUCCAGCAACCCCUGGGAAUGCAGCCCCAAAAUAUGUGCACUAGCCACAUGGCUCAGUGGCUUCCAAGGUCGGUGGGAAUACUCCAUCCUUUGUCAUACCCCAAACCAUACCCAGGGAGAGGAUAUUCUAGAUGCAGUUUAUGGUUUUCAGCUUUGCUGGAACUUAUCAACUGUUGUUACACCCAUUGCUACAACUCACAGAGCUCCAACAACUGAAUAUACAAAGCAAAUAAGCUCCUCAAAUUUCCAUGUGGGAGAUAAAGAAAUUUCAACCACCACAGGCAUACCCUUUACCACAGAAGAGCAGAUGCCUGAACCAAACAAUGUCAUCUUCACCCAGCAGGUAAUUACAGGAACAAUGGCUUUAUUAUUUUCUUUCUUUUUUAUCAUUUUUGUAGUGUUCAUCUCCAGGAAGUGCUGUCCUCCCACAUUAAGAAAAAUUAGGCAGUGUUCAAUGAUUCAAAGCCACAGGCAACUGCGAUCUCAAACACGGCUGCAUAUGUCAAAUAUGUCAGACCAAGGACCAUAUAAUGAAUAUGAACCUGCCCAUGAAGGACCCUUCAUCAUCAUUAAUGGCUAUGGACAGUGCAAAUGUCAGCAGUUACCCUAUAAAGAAUGUGAAGUGUAAUAUCUACAGGUAAUCAAAGAACACAAAGGAGAUAAACUUAUUUUAAAUUGCAGGGAUCUGAUACAUUAUUAAAAAAAAAAACUCAAAUACUGAGAAAGCCUAGAUUUUUCUAAGGAACUUGUUUUGAGUGAUGCAGUAGUAUUUCAGGGUGUUGUUUUUUUUAAAUAAACCCACAAUAUUUUCAGUGUUUAAAUAACAGUGUUGGCAUUACAUUUGCAUUCCUGAUGUUUGGAAUCUAAAUAUGCUCAGCCCAAAAUAUGUAUAUUGUUUCAUGUUAUGUAAUUAUAUGUGUAUUUUUUUAUUUUUUUACUCCCAAGCCCCCAGAUAUAAUUUAGAAAAAUAAUUUGGAUGAAAAUAUUGUUGGGUAUCUAUUUAAUGGACUUAAGGGGGAAUAUUUUACCAAAUGAUGCAUUGUAAUUACUAAAUUUUACCAGCAUUUCAGCCAGUUCAGUGUUUCAUGAAGUACAUACUAACCAAAAAACAAAAAGAUAAUUUCCUUAAAAGAUUGUUGUCUUGUGAUCUACAGUAGAAAGGUGCAGAAAAAGGAUUUUCCAGUCUACUACAGCAUGGGAUUUUAGUACUAUUUUAACUCCAUAGUAAGAAUUCAGAAUUCUAAAUGUGUUGCAAAUUCAGAAUAUAGCUACUGCCACUUCUGAAUAAAGAUCACAUUCAUUACUUCAAAAUAUUAACCUGCUACAACCAUUCAGUAGCAUUAAGCAUGGUCUCCAAAUAUUACAUGACCUUCAACUUCUGUUAAAUCUGUCUUGACUUUAAUGGGAUACAUUUCAUACCAAGAAGCGACAUAUAAAGAAAUGAACACUAAGGAUUUUUUUUUAAAGCAAAAAGCCCUCUUUCUUUUCCUCAACAAGCCUGACUACUUAAUACCAGAAAACCAUUUUCUAUAUUCAUUACUAUUCUUCUGGCACCAAAUUAUUCUCAUAGAAUGAACUAUCAAUUACCACUGUAAAUUCCAACACUGGAUAAUUUAAACACCAAUCCAAUAUUCAAGGAGAGGGCUCUACUGAUUGCAAUAUAAUUAAUUAAUUAAAUUACACUUGUGGAAAGAGUAAGAACUUUUAAACUCAGAUUGGUAUUUUUUGUGAAGAAAUAUUAUAAUGUCAUUUAAAACAGGACAAAAUUUCUCUGAAAAGCAAAUAAUCAGUUCUUGGAUCUUAAAAAUUCUAGAUUUGGUGUUUAUGAAACUUAACUUUGCUAUACAUUUGUGUAGUUUAAAUGUAAUGCAAUUAAGAAAUUAUUUAGUACAAGUCUCAAAAAUCAUGAACACAUAAUUAAAGGUAUAAUAUUUUGAAGAAAAUGUACAUAUCUAACCAUCAUGCCAAGUUCAACAAUGACAUUUGUUAGUGGGGGAAAAGAAAUAUUGAUGCUUGGAUUCUUUAAAUCAGUAUAUAACAUUGUAUAUUGUACUAUGCUGCAAGGUUUUCAAACAAAUCAUUUUUCUGAUGCCUGUGCUAUAUAAACAUCCUUGAAUAAAUAUUGCAAAGGUUUGAACAGGGUGAAAAGGAUGGAAAUUUCAGACUUUAAAGCCAGUGCAUCAAAUCCCAGUACUUGCAAGUUUUAUAAUCGGCAUUACUUUAGCUCAAUAUAUUGGACUGUAUUAUUUAAAGCUCUAUUAAACCAAACUAUUAGUGAAAAGUAGAUAAAAUCUAAAAAUCCUCUACAUGAUAAGCCAUUGUCUUUCAGCCAUAUACAGCAUAUUCUAUGCAUCAGGUAACUAGAUUUUCUCUGCACUGAAGCAUAAUAUCUAUUAAGAAUCUAUGUUCCACUUUAACAAACUGAGAACUGCCAAUGCUUUGGUCUCUAUUUCCACCUACUAACUUAACAAGAACCCACUGCCUGUAAGCAAGCUUGUACGUUUGAAGGUGAAAAGAAAUGUAUAAGCUGCAAAGAUUUGUUAAGGCAACUGAGUAACAAUUAUGUUAACACGUACAUUCUAACAGAACAUUUUUUAAGCAUCUUAAUGACAUUUGCAUCUCAUAAGACACUUCUUCAGAAUACAGCCCAACAUUACUUAACUACCAUAUGGAACAACUGGCUUACUAAUUGAUCAAAACCCUUUGUUAUUACUAACCCUUCUCUUCAGGGCAGUUCACCUAAGUCAGGAGAUGCUGCAGGAAGUACCAGCAGCUAAGAGAUUUAUUUUCUCCUAUGUCAAUCUGUUUUCUUUUCCUUCUGAACUACUUGAAAACACCUAUAAUUUUCAUAGUCAUACAAGAUUUGAGAAUACAAAUUUUAGCCCCUUAGCUAGUAUCGCAUAUCAUCAUGCCUAUAUAUUUGACUGUUUUAAUCUAAAGAGAAAGUGCAGGGCAGUGUUAUGCAUUAAUCCUAUAACAUCAGUCAUAUGAGCUGCAUGAUACAGUUAUAUAAUUACCAAAAUAUAUCACCUGUAAAGCAGUUUGGUUCUAGUUACGUUAAUUGAAUUUUUCUACUUUUCUUUACGAAUCUAAAAAGCGGGCAUUUUAUAAAGUGACAAGAUCAACAGCUACUGAUAUCACAUUCAGUAAUGCAGUAUUAUUUAAGACUACGACCAGUCCCAAUAUUAUUUUCACACUGACAGGGUCAUCAAAUAAGAGUUUCAAUGUUUUCAAAAGCCAUAGGCAAAAUAUUAACAUCACCCAAUAGCAAUUUAAAUACAAUUUUCAAUGACACCCCACCCCCCCGACUAUUACUUAUUCAUGGGAAGAUGGGUAUGAUAUAACCUUGGCAAAGAUCCAAAUGUUGAAUCAUUAAAUAAAAUUUUAGGUGAUAUGCAAACCUAUAUGAAUUAAUUCUAAUCUGGUGUUAAAUUAUGAGGCUAUUGAUCACCAUCAGCCCAAAGCAUCAUAUCUCUCCCAAAUGCUACAACCAAAGCUGAAAUACAGAUUUUGCCAUUUUUAUUUAGUAGUGCUUAACAGGAUGCCGUCUUGAAUUACUUCAUCUUCUAUAGUUGAUAUUUCAAAUGACAGUUACAUCAGUCCCAGAAGGAAAAUAAAUAAUUACUUAUUUUAGUACUGUUCAAUCAGUCCUUGAACAUAUAAAUUAUUUCCAUUAUUUUAGAAAGCAAAGGUUCCUGCAAGUAAGUUCCUGAAUUAAAUGUUCUCUGCUACCUAUAGGAAGAACAAGUUGUGAUGCUUAAUUAUAUUCAAUAUCACCUUCCAGGCCAAGAUCCAAUACAAAGACUGAACUUUAUAAGCUUUUACCUGGCAUAGUACUGUACUAUAAUUUAAUAUUGCAGGACCUAUUUAGUGGGGAAACUUAUUGAGACAUCAUAUAAUAAAAACCAUCUAAAUGAAAAGCAAAUAAUGGUCAUACCUGCACCAUCAAUUUCAGAAAUAUAUGCCACACUUCUAUUUCAGUUAUCAUUUUAUCUUCCCCCUCAAAUUUUUAAAUGUUGAAAAUAUUAAUAGAAAAUUCUAAUGAUUUCUACUAGCAAUAUUCCAAGUGCAUUUUCAGUGGGAAGUUCAUAAUGCAGUAAGUGCAGUGUACAAAAACAUUAAAAAAUCUAUACAUUAUAAAACUAGAAGUUGACUCUUUCUUGGUGCCCUUUCAAAAUAAGAAACUGUGAAUUUGAUUUUCUUUCUUGGUUAUAAGUUUGCUUAUUAUAUCUUUCCUUACAAUACAGAUUGUAGGAAAAUCUCUUUUUGGAAUGAGCAUAUUGUUUUGCUUCCAAGAUACAAAUAUGAUACCCUCUUGUUUUGGGUAUUAUCAAUGUCACGGUAUCACUAUAUCAAUGUCAAGUAGACUUUAUUUUGUUACUUAAAUAUCAGGUAAACAGCAAAUUUCCAUACCACAACCCUCUAGAUUUUUCUUAAGGAUGACAAAUUGUAGAGGGCUGCCUUUUUUAAAUUCCAAGAAUAUUAUAAUUUGAAUGAGAAGGAAUUCAGCAUCACUAAAUCAAAUACUUUCACCAAUUUUCAUAUUCUUCAUGUUCUCAUCUGCAAAUUAUUUAUGAGGAACCCAUGUUGGGUAUAACUUCCAGUCUUAUGUGCUAAGAUUACUGUAGUUUCGUAGGCUGUUUCACAAAAUAAAUUUUUUUUCAACAGAUUCUACUACAUCUUUUUUUUUUUUUUUGGCACCACUGAAUUGGGCUCUGUCAAUAGACAUAAGGGAAUGUAAAGAGAUUAGUUUGCUAAGUCCAUGUUAUGAAUUUUCUUAUAUUAAUUAAUCACCUGUUAUUCAACAUAAUUUUACUGAAAUCACUACAUUGACAGAGUAGAAUCUGAGAGAGGACCUUCCAGAAUAACAUUUGAAAAAUCUUUUUUAUAUCAAACACCAGAUUUUCCCACAUAGUCAAACCUUUCAAAUUGAUCACUUGUACAACAAAAACUAUCUCUAGUUCCUCUGCCAGUUUACGUACAGUCAGCAAGAUAAGGCUCAUAGCAAAUUUAAUUUCUAGUCCAAGUGUUUAAAUAAGGAGAUAGAAUAUAAUCUGUUCCAUGUUUAAGUUUCUAAGUAUGAGGCUCAGCAGUCCAUGGAAGGAAGAACAUCAGUCUCAAAUUGCUCUGAGGUCAUUCGAAAGACUUACACAGAAAGCACUGAUAAAAAGUUCAAGAAAAAAAAAACAUUUUGUUAAGAGAUCAGAAUGGU